AUGCAGACCCUUCCGGACUGGCCCCCAGCGUCCGGGGCCCCACGGCCCUCUCCCUUCCCGCACCCGGGACUGCACGCCCUCCACCGCCUGGCUCGAGCCCUGCUCUUCCCGGCUUACUGGGCCCUGGACCGGCUGCUGGGCUGCUGCGCGCCGACCGCGCGCCCGAGCGGCCUGCGGCGGCUGCAAGCCGCUGCCGGCGCUGGGGCCGCGCUGCUGCUGCUGCUGCUGGUCGGCCUGCCCCUGGCCCUGCUCGGGCUGCCGCUCUGGCUGCUCCUGCAGACCUGGCGCCGCCCCUUCUGCUACCAGCCCCCGCCGCAGUGCUGGGAGCCCCCAGCGCCCUGGCGCCCCCCGGCCGAGCCCGCGCGCUGCUUCAGCUUCCUCAGCGCCAACCUGUGCCUGCUCCCCGACGGGCUGGCGCGCUUCAGCAACUUGAAGCACAGCCAGCGGCGGGCCGAGGCUGUGGGCGCCGCGCUGCUCGCCGGCCUGCGGCCCUCGCGCUAUGGGGCCACUGGCAGCAGCCCGCCGGGGCCGGGGGCGCCCUGCGGAGUGCUGACAGCCGAGGUGCCGGCAGGUCUGGAAUUCGUGUGCCUGCAGGAGGUGUUCGACCUGCGCUCGGCGCAUCGCCUCGUGAGCCGCCUAGCGCCCAGUCUGGGUCCGGUGCUGCACGACGUGGGCUCGUGUGGCCUGCAGCCCGGGCCGCACCUCAAGCUGCUCGGCAGCGGGCUGCUGCUGGCCUCGCGCUACCCGCUGCUGCGCGCCGCCUUCCGGUCCUUUCCCCACGCACGUCGCGAGGACGCGCUGGCCUCCAAGGGACUGCUUUCCGCACAGGCGCAGGUGGGCAUCCUGGACGGGCGCCGCGUCGUGGGCUUCCUGCACUGCACGCACUUGCAUGCGCCGAGUGAGGACGGGCCCUUGCGCUGUAAACAGCUGACGCUCCUACUGGACUGGAUCGAGCAGUUUGAAGCCGAGAGCCGCGAGAGUGGCGAGGCCGUGGCCUUCAGCGUGCUCCUGGGCGACCUAAACUUCGACAACUGCUCCUCAGACCACGCGCAGGAGCAGGAGCACCAGCUCUUCAGCCACUUCCGGGACCCCUGCCGGCUGGGCACGCGCCGGGAUCAGCCCUGGGCUCUGGGCACAAUACUGAGCACCUCCACCCUCCGCCACUCGGUGGCCUGCUCCCCAGAGAUGUUAAGGAGGGCCCUGGAGCAGGAGGAAGGGCGCCGCCGCUACCUGGCGGGCCCUCUGGGCGGAGACCGCCGGGCUGAGCCCUGGCGGGGCCGGCGCCUGGACUACAUCAUGUACCGGGGAGCGGUCGGAGGCCCGCUGAGCCCAGAGGUGGAACAGGUGACAUUCAGCACCGCCCUGGCGGGGCUCACAGACCACCUGGCCGUGGGACUUCGCCUCCGAGUUUCCGUGCCCUCCUGACGCAGGCUCGCAGGCGACAGUUGGAAAGACGGACGCGGACGCAGAGCGUGAGCCUGGCCGGCUGCCGCGGGAACGCGGUGACUUCGCUGUUUAUUGUGGGGGCCCUCCCCCUCACACCGCCUCCUGGGCUCUGCGGUACUCGUAGACGCUGCCCCGCUCAGAGAAGGCUGGGGGCUGCGGGGGCGACCCCGGCGGUGGGGCGGGGUCCUCCGGGUCCCCGUAGCCGCCCCCGCCUGGUGUGUGGAGGCAGAACACGUCCUGUGGAGCAGAGGGACAGGCUCACUGCGGGCGUGGACGCCCCCAACCCUGCCUCUCGCUGCAGUCCCAUCCCCACCGGGGCAGCGCGUUCAUGGCGGCCGGCCUGGCCCACGGAGGCCCACUGCGCGCCCUCUCCUUCGGAAGCCAAAUUAAAUUCAGACGCUGGUUAUUUUUGCAA